AGCACUAGAAGCUCCUUUACAUCACUUCACUCGUAUAGCGCAACUUACUCACAUACUGUAUGACGGUACAGGAUUAUCCAACGGCAUAUUGGUCAUUUUAGAUUUAAAUUAUUAACUUAUUAUCAGUGGCGUUUGUUUGUUUGUUUGUUUGUUGUGGCUUUUUUAAAGCGUUUUAAAAGCGGAUACAUCAGAUGAAACCAAAUGGAUUUUGCCUUCAAAAUGAUUUAAGCAACAGUUGAUAUUAGCAUAAAGUAAGUGAGUCUGUUUCAAAACUGAGGGAAAUCAGUACAGUUCUCAAGAAAACGGUCCUCUUACAUUUGACAGAACGUGAAUCUUCCUAGUCUGGACUAAAUCAAAACACAGAUACAUAUGAGAGUGGCUAGAGGUAAAGAUGUCUAAGACACCGAAAUCAGAGUCCAGGUCUCGCUCCCGAUCGGCCUCCAGAUCCCAUUCGGAUUCUCGUUCCCGCUCCAGAUCACAAAGCAGUUCUCGAUCCAGAUCUAGAAAGCGCAGAUAUGCGUCUAGGUCUCGCUCUCGGUCAAGAUCUCAUUCCCCGCCAUCCCACAACCGGGAACGCAAUCACACACGGGAGUAUCAAAACCACCGCGAGUUUCGAGGCAACUACAGGGGCUUCCGGAGGCCGUAUUACUUCCGGGGCAGAGGUCAGGGGUUUUUCCGUGGCCGCUUCCAGCGUGGAGGAAGGGGUGGAUAUAAUAACUACAGACCCAAAAACUGGCAAAACUUCCAUCAGAACUCUCAGCAGCAGCACCAACAGCAACACUACCCAAACAGCUUCAAAAGGGGGCGCUCUCGUUCACAGUCACCAAAGAAACAAUCUAAAAGCCCUCAAUCCCGAAGCCAUUCCCGUCGGUCUGACAGGUCGUCCUCUGGGAGAUCACCACAGUCGCAUGCUUCUUCCUGCUCCAACUCUGGGUCUGCCAAACGCGAUAAAGAAUCAAAGGAGGAUGUUCCUGUGGCUAAAGCAUCUCCAGAUCGAGGAGAGGUUGAGGGGACUUUGGCAGACCAGGUGGAGGGCUCUUGUGCGGCCGUGGGGAACGGCAUUGGAGAUGGGGCUCUGGAGAACGGUCAGAUUUUGACGAACCAAGAGAAAAGUCAAGUUCGCUCGACUGUUACUCUUUGUAAUAAUGACUCUGUGAUGAACGAGACUGUGUAUAAGAGUUCAAAUGCUUCUAGUAAUGGUGCCACCACAUGGCAGAAUGCUGCAACUGCAUCUCCAACUAAGAGCCCAAAAAAGAAAAGCCCUGCACAGGUGUUCAAUGGUUUGGGGCUUUUUACAAAUGUUGACCAACAGACUGAUGAUACAAUUGCUAUUUCUGCAGCAUUUUUGAAAUUUCUGGAGGAGCAAAAGGUUAAAAAACAGACCCCUACGUGGGAGAGCAACACGAAUACAGACAAAAGUACUGGGUUGUUACUUAGUGGUAAAGAGAAUGGAAGUGUCUUUGAAAAGGGGUCUGAUGUUGAGUUGUCUCGCACCUUAGAUCACAACAACGCAGGAGAGAAGGAGAAAUACAAGAGCUGUGAUGGUGACAUGCCCUCCGUUAGUGGCACUCAAAGAGGUCCUCAAUUUCUGUGUGAGGAUGGCGAGGAAGACGAUGAAGAAAUGGAGAUCUCUGAUAAGAUGAGGGAUGUGGAAACGAAUCCUUCCAAAAGCAAAUUCACACCUUCAGCUCGUGAAAUGUUUGAGGAGCGUGUCAGGAAGCUGCAGGAUAUGGUUUGGGAUGAUGAGCUGGAAGCUCUUCUUCUCAGCCAUAAACAAGAGAGAGUGGCAAAUAUCUUAGCUGCUUUGUCUAAGAGAGAGCAGCUGAGUGGCAUGCUUAAGGACCCCUCUCCUGAAAGGCUUUCAAAAGUGAAACGAAAGGAGAAAACCACACUGGAGACCUCAUCGAAAUCUUCACUGCUGUCUAGGAGGAGCUCGGAGAAUCAGGAGCAGGAGAUGUUUGUGGUUAUGAAUGAGUCCCCUCCAAGAGGGUCAGCAAAAAGAGACUUCAGUGUGAGGAUGGAUGAGCUAGCAAGGUCAUCUGCUUUAAUGAAUGAAAGAAGGAGUUUUCUAGAUCUUGUGCAUCUUGAUAAAAAGGAUUGGGAUCUUCACGCUGUCCUUCAGCACCUUCAGGCUCAGCAGUCACUCAGAAGCCCCUCUGAGCUCUUCGCCCAACAUAUAGUUUCAAUCGUCCAUCACAUUAAAGCUCAGUAUUUUCCCUCUUUGGGAUUGACGCUAAAUGAUCGAUUUGCCGUGUACCAGAGAAGAGCUGCUGAGAAAGAACUCAUGAAGCUUAGAAAGAGUCCGGAGAUUCACAGGAGAAUUGAUGUUUCUCCAAGUGCUUUUAAGAGGCACUCGCUUCUGUUUGAUGAGAUGAAAACCUCCAUGGAAAACAGCUUCAAGGUUAAUGGAAAGCAAUCGAAAGGUGAUACAGUGGACCUUCGCAUGGAUAUUGAGCGCAGAAAGAAAUACUUUGUUGGAGAGAGAGAUCACAAGGAGGAAGAGUACGGAGGAAGAGUAUUGAGAGAAUCUCCAGACACAAGCAAGGAAACGUCCACUCAGAAGGCAUCAAAGAACCACAAAAAAUCAAAGAAAAAGAAGAAGAAGCGAGAGCGUUCGCGGUCAUCCUCCUCAUCUUCAUCUUCCUCUUUUGACCAAGAGGAAGAAGCUGAGAUGAAAGCAGAAAGCUUCACCAGAGACCGACCGGGGCAUAGAGAAUAUGGAGACCCGCUUCAGAGAGGUUCUCUUCGAGGGGGCUUUCAGCUUAGUAUACGCGGUAGAAGUUGGAACAGAGGAAAUUUUCAUGGAAACGGUAACGGCAAUGAUGCACAGACGGACACGCCGGUGAAGAAUGAGGACUGGGAUCAAGAAUACACUCCCAAAAGCAAGAAAUAUUUUCUACACAGUGAAAGAGACGGUGAAGGUGAGAGGAAGCUGACUGAGGUACGAGGGCGUGGUCGAGGUAACAUUCUGCGAGGAAAGGGCCGUUUCAUCCUCCGGAGGGCCACGGGUACCAAUGCCACAAAUAAUACGAGCCCCAAAUGGGCUCACGAUAAAUUCCAGGCCACUGAUGAUGAGGGUGAACAACAAGGAGAGGAUGUAAAACAGGACCACAAAAAAUAAGACACUCCUGGGGCUCAGAAUGCUAGCAAUACAGAAUGAGAUUCCUCAUCAAGAUGCAUAGGACUUGGCAACCAUCACACUGUCAUCUAUUUACUUUUCAAUUAGCUUAUGGCUUCUUUCACUGUGCUAAUCAUCUGGUUUUCAUUUCUUUGUGAGAUAUUUGUAGGGAAUUUUUUUUGCAAUACAUGUUACAGUUAGAUGUAGGUAUUCUGUCCUUUUUAUAUUUGCACAUAGAUUCACACACCCUAACACAAACAAACACAUUAUGCAUUUGACAGAAGCUUUUAUCCAAAGCACCUUAUGGUCUGUUCAGGGUACACAUUUAUCAGUAUGUGCGUUCGAACCAACAACCAUUUGCACACAAUAACACAAUGCUGUACCAACUGAGCUAGGAACAUAAAAGUUCAAUUGAGUGCUAUAGCACCUCCGUUGUGGAAAGCAAGCCAAUUCGAUGAAUCCCUUUAUCUCGUAAAACAAUUGCAACAUUCAAACUCUUUAUAUAAUAUAUGCAAAAGCAUUCAUAUGUAGGGUUUCAAAGCAAGAUGUCUUAGAUGUGCUAUAGUGCCUAAUGUCUAGAAAGUGUGAAAUUAUAACUGAUUUUGUUCUUUGUCAUUGUCUUUAAAAAGGACAUUGUUGCUGUUUGAAUUAAAAACUAAAACUGUUUUAAUGGAUGUACAUAUUUAUAUUUGUGGACUUAACUGAAACUCUUUGAGACCCUGUGAAUCUCUGUGAUGCCAAUAGAAUAGAUACAUGACUUAUAAGAAUGACCUAGGACUUGUCUCAAUAUGGGACCAAACUACAGCAGGUAGACGAUUCUGUCUCAGUGACUGACAUACUGUAGUGUGUGUAUGUGUGUGUGUUUGGGGGGCAGGCUUAAGCCUAAUCCCAAACUAAAAUGCAUGCACGUAACAGAAAACAGCUUACACUGACGUAUCUUAAAAUAUAUCAGUGCCAUUUUUUUUUUUGUCUCACCGGUAACAUUUUUAAAGGGUAUGUAUGUUAAAAACGACUUAAAUAUCUUAGUUUAACUAAGGCCUAGUCCUGGUUUAAUCUAGUCCCUGUGUGGGAAAACUCCCCAAAAACUUCUAAGAAGAUAUGUUUAAAACUGGUCAGAUGUUUUUUUUUGUUGACAUUUUUGAACGCUGUUUGACUUUUUUUAGACAAUAGGUGUGUGCACUCUAUUAUAGUGUUAUAUUCGUCUUUUCUUCAAAAGCUGUUUCUUGCAAAGCACCUUUACGUAAAAUAUUUGAUUUGGCACUUACCUUUAUUUUUUAUUUUUAAGGGUAAUUUGUUGUUGUUUUUAUUUGAUUUUGAAGAUUUGAAGAACUGAAUAUAUUAUUGUGAAAAGGGGCAAACAAAAUAAAUAAACAGAAUCAGUCAUCCUUUGAUUUUUUUUUAUUUGUCUGGGUUUUGAUUUGCACUGUCCAAUGUAUGUUUUGACUUACAUUUAUAUACCUACAUAAAAACUGUCAGACAGAAUAAAAAAUAAAACAAUUUUGCAGAUGAGUGAA